CGGCCCCGAAGGUCACAUGACAGGGGCGCGGGGAAGGGGCCGCUACUGCUGCUCGGGGAGGGGGGCCGGAAUCUGACCGACCAUGAGUUUUCUUGGAGGAUUGUUUGGUCCCAUUUGUGAAAUUGAUGUUGUUCUUAAUGACGCAGAAUCACGAAAAACCGCUGAAAUCAAAACAGAAGAUGGUAAAAUUGAAAAGCAUUAUCUCUUCUAUGAUGGAGAAUCAGUUUCAGGAAAGGUGAACAUAGUCUUUAAGCAACAUGGAAAGAGGCUAGAGCACCAAGGAAUAAGAAUUGAAUUUGUAGGACAAAUUGAACUUUUCAAUGACAAGAGCAAUACUCAUGAGUUUGUAAACCUUGUGAAAGAGCUGGCCUUACCUGGUGAAUUAACACAAAGCAGAAGUUAUGACUUUGAAUUUAUGCAAGUUGAGAAGCCAUACGAAUCCUACAUUGGUGCCAAUGUCAGAUUGAGGUAUUUCCUUAAAGUGACAAUAGUAAGAAGAUUGUCAGACUUGAUAAAAGAGUAUGACCUUAUUGUACACCAGCUUGCAACAUAUCCAGAUGUUAACAAUUCUAUUAAAAUGGAAGUCGGCAUUGAAGAUUGUCUGCAUAUAGAAUUCGAAUACAACAAAUCCAAGUAUCACUUAAAGGAUGUGAUUGUUGGAAAAAUUUACUUCCUCUUAGUAAGAAUAAAAAUUCAGCAUAUGGAAUUGCAGUUGAUCAAAAAGGAGAUCACUGGAAUUGGACCCAGUACCACAACAGAGACAGAGACCAUCGCAAAGUAUGAAAUUAUGGAUGGUGCACCAGUCAAAGGUGAAUCUAUUCCCAUAAGACUCUUCUUGGCAGGAUAUGAUCCAACUCCUACAAUGAGGGAUGUGAACAAAAAGUUUUCAGUAAGAUACUUCUUGAAUCUAGUGCUAGUAGAUGAAGAGGACAGACGGUACUUCAAGCAACAGGAGAUAAUUCUUUGGAGAAAAGCUCCCGAGAAACUGAGGAACAACGAACCAACUUUCACCAGCGAUUUGAAAGUCCAGAACCUCAAGCAACUGCAGAGCAGCCAGAAAUGUGAAUUGGGUCUCGGGGAUAAAAGAACUUUUGGCAGAUUAGCAGGUUAAAUGGUGGUAACAGCCUGUAGGGAAGAAGGCCAAAAUUCUCAUUACAACAGUCUUCCUUCAUCUUACAGUGCUGCAUUUCCCACACUACUAAAACAUUCUUCAAGUAAACAUUCAAAUGUGUACAUACAUUUAAAAUAAGAGCUUUCUCAAACACUGGAACUUUCUUAAGCUAUUUUAUACUGCACAUUUUAUUUUUGUCUGGUGUGAUGCACUCAGAUAUGCAUAAAGCUUAAAAGAAAUCUAGUUAUUUGUUUCCAUGCAUGUAGGCUGGUGCAUUUAAUUUUUGCUUUAUCAUUGAUGGUAGACUAAAGCAUUUCUUCUUCCUAUACCACAUUUCAUAUCAUACAUCUUCAGUGUCUUUUACUUGUAUCCUUGGAAAUCAAUAAAAGUACGAUGGCCUAAAAUGUCAAUUUUGGGAUUUAUA